CCCCUGCGAGUCUUGUGCCGCUUCUCCGUCGACGACGCGUGGUGUUGAAGCAGCUGGCGUGACACAUCGACAAGCGGGAUGGAUCCCACUGUGAUGGUGACAAUUUCGACGACGGGAAUUUCGCGACUCGAGUGAUUCCGGAAGCGAUCGCCAGGAGGUCUCGCGAUCGCCCAGCUGGCUUUUCGUCGUCUGCUUCUUCUCCCGGGCUUGUUAUCGUCCCUCAGUGUAAGGGAGCCUCGAUUUUGUUUCUCUAGCUCCGAAAGCGCGGUCCGGGCUUGAUGACCAUUCUUUUGGUGAAACGCGUCUCGCAGGAAUGAAGAUGGAAGUCGAAGUGCGUGUGCUGACCCUCAACUGUUGGGGCAUUGUUGGUAUCAGCAAGCACCGCGUCGAACGCAUGACGGCCAUCGCGAAUUACCUCGCCACAACAGAGUACGACUUUGUGUUUCUUCAAGAGGUCUGGAGCCAGGAGGACUUCAAGCGCAUCCGCAAAAAGGCCAAGCACAACCUUCCCUAUGGUCACUACUUCUUCAGCGGUGUUAUGGGCAGUGGUGUGUGCCUGUUAUCCAAGAGCCCCAUCGUUGACACGGGCCUGCUCAAGUACAACCUGAACGGCUAUGCGCACAAGAUCUUCCACGGCGACUGGUUCGGCGGCAAGGUGGUCGGCCUGUGUAAAGUGCGCCACCGGGGGCUGAACGUCAACCUCUACGUCACGCAUCUCCAUGCGGAGUACAACCGCAACUACGACACCUACCUGUCCCACCGCAUCUGCCAGUCGUUCGAGCUGAGCCAGUACGUGAAGCACACCAGUGCCACCUGUGACUUGGCCAUCGUGGCGGGUGACUUCAACACCGAGCCCCUGGACCCACCCUACAACAUCAUCAUCUACAACUCGGACCUGGUGGAUGCGUUCGUGGAUCAGGAGAAAUACAAUAGGGAGAGCCUGUGCGUGGGUGCGACGUGUGGCCACCCCGACAACAAGUACACCACGUCGUACGAGAAGAGCAACUGCCCGACGGGAAAACGGAUAGAUUACGUCAUGUACAAGGUCGGCCGAGGCGUCACUGUCACGACUAAGUCUUGCACUACGCUGAAGUUGAAGACUCCCUCUGGGCUCCCCUUCUCGGAUCAUGAACCCGUCGAGGUGGUGAUGCGGGUCAAUAAGUCCAGCGAAUUGGCAGCGGCGUCGACCACAAUCUCGUCGCUAGUGUCGCCACUGCUGGGCAUACCCAAUGCCGGCGGUGCGGCCUGUGUGGAGCGCGCCAGCCUUGCCGCGCCCGGCCUGCUGGACGCCCUGCACCGGGGCCAGGAGCAGCUGCAGCAGAGCAUGGACGGGCUACACCUGGACCGCAUCUUCUACAUAGUGGCUGCCUGCUUCAUGGCCUGCAUCCUGGCUGCCACAGUGCCCCUGCACCUGCCACAGAUCUACCACUGGAUCCUGGUGCUGAGCCGCACGAUUGCCGCCCUGCUGCUGGGAUUCUGCCUGAUCAUGGCGUUCUUCUGGACCGCCAUGGAGAAGAGCUCCCUGAUGGAGGCGCGCAAGUCCAUGCGCCUCUUGUGGAAGGCGCAUGCCUGCGAGGGCAACUUGAGCCUGAGCGCGACGCCUGUCUCGCGUAACUCCAUUCCGUGCGAGCCUCUGCUGGAGCUACAGGGGGAUCAGCGAGUCUGACAGGCACAGCCCGCCGCAGCUCCGGCCUUCACGACGCCGGGGACUGUGGCAGCGUUGCACCGGGGACCAACAUAUGUGUGACUGUGAAACAAACUCUCGUGCUUCGCAAUCCCGCACUACUGUCAGCAAUGAGCGUCGAAAAGCCGGCACAAACGUGACCUUUGAUCUAAGGUUGGUUGGUGCUAAUGUGUCAGAGGUUGCCGUACUGUAAAUGUUUAGUAUCGCAAUGUAGUGUACAUUCUCGUAAUGGUAAGUUUCGCAAUGUUUUAAUGUGUCUUCUGGAAGGACAGAGACGACUAGGUGUCGUUAACUUUAAAAGAGCAAAUUCUUGCAUGAUUCGUCUUUUCUGUGAACGAGCACACUGUACAGUGCUGCAGUGCAGCUUCACAAGUUUGCUCAAGCGAUGCAUCCCGCUUAUUUUAGGGGACCACAAGUUCUUGAUGGCUUUUAGUUUAUCGACACGUAAUUUGUGCUUAACACGAUUGGGGAGCCUCGUGGCUUGCCAAGCUGGUGCAUCUGGGCUAUUUUGCCCCCGAGUGUUUGGUGACUGUACUGUAGUUGAGAGUAGAGGAGUCCAGACGUCUGAUAGCAUCCAGUCCAAGACGUGAGUUAAUUGAUCUUGCAUGUCUUUAUUGGCCCUGCGUUAGACCCGUGUGAUCGUCACGGUUCAUGUACUGCACAAUUCGUCGGCUCACUUUUAUCUCCAGUACGACUUUUACCGUACCAAAACUGCCCCCCCCCCCCCCCCACCCCGCAUCUUGGUGCUUUUUAUGCACCGUUAAUUUUCUUUGCUGUUCAAGUCAUUCACAUUUGUGUGCAAAUGGCAACGUUGUUUCUGUGGACAAAGUGCCCGUUGCGUUAAAUAGGCCUUACGGUUUCUGUUUUUACGCUAAACUGGUGCCUCAACAGCGAGCGUAAAAAAAAAAGCUACCGAUGAGGUCCGACUAAUAGUUUCUAGAGUAGUUCUGCUCCUUACUAAAAUCACCAUGGAAUGAGUAGUGUUUAGCGUGAUGUUAGCCAUUUUUGCAUUAACGUUGUUCUUCAUCGUUGCUUGGCAGAUAAUUCUGUAUGGUGCGAAUUUUCAAUGAAUGCAGAGUCUCUUUUAUUGACACCCGGACUAUUUUCGUUUUUCGUUUCUAUCUUAACGUGCUCAUUUUUACGUAUCAUGUCCUCAAGCUUAUGGCAUGAGACGACAAACAUUAAUGAUUGAUCCAAAUGUGAGGCGACGCCAUCUAGAAGUGAAUGUAGAUCUCCUGUGCAGAACAGGAAAGUUGAUGUGUUUUAAAGAAGAGUCCUGCUACUGAAAUUAAAGUGGUUGUAUAGACGACAAGCUUUGAAUGACAUCAUGCUCAUGAGCACAUCAUGACAAGCACCGGACAUCAUGACUUGGAAGUGAUGCAUUGUGAUGUGCAUUUAACCAAGACAACAACCCCUGUGGGUAUUUUCACUUAGCAUAUUUUAUCAUGUUGAAUCGGAGAUUUUGUCAUCAGAUUAAAGUCAUCAGUGAAUUGGUGACAUUGCUAAUUUGUUAGCUUUGCAAGGUACAUGUGCACAUGCACCUAUGUCACCGUGGUAGUGGAGUAACGGUCUUAUGGUAAACGAAUCACAGUAACAAUGAUAAAUGUGUAUUGUGCAGUUUUAAUGCAUGAUUGCUACAGUUUCAAAAAGCACUCAGCAGUGGUGAGUGAUGAAAAUGUCUUUACUUCAUUUGUUAAUUGAAAUCUGUGCCAAUUUCAUGAAAUCAGCCUCGUAAAGCGCACAGCACUUUUCAGUCAUGUGACUGAAUAUCAAAUGCGUUUCAACUAAUGUGCAAGUUUAUUGCCACCAGCUGAAGGCAAGCUGGUUGAUCAAACCUAAUCCAUCUUUACUGAAAUAGGUGUAAAAAGUGUAAAGUCAUUGAGGUUAUGUCAACAGAUGUGUGCAUGCAAGGUAUGUGCAAAGAUUAUAAAUUAAAAAGAUGCAUUUUACUAGAAAAUGCAAUAAGAUGUGUUUAUAAAGCAUUGUUCACAAGAUGUGAAGCUAUUUCAUGUGAACUUGUGAUGUCCCAAAUACCGGUGAGUUUGGUUUUAAGGAACUGACUCAGUGUUUCUGCAUUCCUGAUUUUCGAAUGCUUUGAGGUCGUUCAGAGUGAUACGAUUAUGCAAUGUGUGGAAGUGGUGGUUGGCACGCUCUCCAAUAAAUAGUCUCCCAUAUAAUUAUAGAUUUGACUUCAGAAGCUGCAAAGGCCUACAAGUAGUGCACCAGUAUUCAUGGAGUCGACUUCUUCGAGGAAAUGAAAUGUUUAUAUUGAACAUUGGGCUCAAGGGAUGCGCACCAACAUGCAGUUCAUGUUAAAACGAAACUGCUGUUUCUCGUGUGAGGUAUUUUUGACUGAGACGAAUGAUGCCCAAGAUGAUCAGAAUAGAGUUCCUAAGCCACAGCGCAUUUCUGCCGCAGAAAGUGUGGAUGCUUUUCGUCUUAUAAGCGUUCCGAUUGAACUAUGCGUUCACUUCAUAAGUCAUUAAAGGGUUCACACUA